AUGUUUCCCAUCGUCGGGCCGAUCCAAGCGCAUCGCGUCCAAAUAAAUUGCCAAUGCAAGCGACUAUGCGUGUCCCAGGGAGCAAUUCAUGGAGCGGCAUUAAAGAACAAAUUCCACAAACUGCACAACGACGUACUGGUACACAACCUGUCGUCGAAAGAACUGACGAAGGCGCAAAUACAGGUUCUAAAGCACGAAGCCUCAUUCAAUACGGCUGAUGCUAAACCUACAUACGUGAUUGCAGCUGUGGAAUCAGUCAUCAAUCAGACAGAAGCAACGGAGGAGACGGAAAAUCUUAUCCAACACCAGUUAUCGUACCUCCUGAUGGCUCAUCAACCGCAGGACGUGCUUCCCACGGUCGAACGCAUUGCAUUAAGAGCACUCAAGGCCGGCCGGGACAUCGUAAUCGUGCCAGCCGACAAGGGACGUUCUACGGUCAUAUUGGACAGAACCGACUACCUUCAGAAGGCGAAAAAACUACUGGAGGAUCGUAAAUUUUAUGUUCCUUGUGAAACCAAUCCCAUUAAAAAGCUGACACGCGAAAUCAAUUCGACCCUAAUGGCUCUAGAAAACUCGGGUGCAAUGACGCCGUCCGACCGACGCAUGGCGAGGGCACAAGAAACGGCCUUGGUCCGUUUCUAUCGCCUCCCCAAAGUGCAUAAGGAAGGCACUCCUCUCCGACCCAUCGUAUAA